AUGCAGAUGACAAGCAAACCAUUUCUACGCCCCCUCCCAAUCAUUGGCGUAUCUAGCCUCCUCAUAGCCACAACCCUCUCCACAACCACUGCUACCACACGCCCCUUCACCACAAUGUCCACAACCCAGGCCUGGCCCAUCAAGCACUACACCCCCCGCCACCAAUCCUGGCCCUACAACUCUUCAGACUUCACCCGUCAAGACUCCUCCUCGGACUCGUCCUUCUACAGCGCGCCCCGCUUCGUAACCCACAUCGACGAUGCAGCAAUCGCCACUUUGCGAGACUACUACGACACAACUCUCCCACGUUCGGGUCGAAUUUUGGAUUUCUGUUCGAGCUGGGUGUCGCAUUAUCCUCCGGCCAUCGAAGAGGCCGCGAAGCGAGGGGAUUUGAAGGUGACGGGUUUGGGCAUGAACGCCGCUGAGCUGGAGAGGAAUGGUGUGUUGAACAGUGGGCGGGUUCUCAAGGAUCUUAACAUUGACUCGGACAUGGCGAGCACACUGCUCGAAAACAACACCAUCGGCUCAGAAGAUGACGAGAAAUUAGACGCAUCCACCAACGUGGUCAGCACAGAUUACCUCGCCCAACCAGUCAAAGUCCUAACAAGUCUUCGGGAAGCGACCAAGACAGGCGGGAGCGUGCAUCUGACGAUCAGCAAUCGAUGCUUUCCGACGAAAGAUAUAAGUCGAUGGCUAAGGGUUGAGGAGGAGGAGGAGAGGUUGGAGAUGGUGGGGGAUUUCCUGCAUUUUGCUGGGUGGAAGAAGAUUGAGAUUGUGGAGUUGAGUAAUGGUAAGGCUGGGGCUGGGGCUGGGGUGCAGCAGGAAGGUGGGUUGCAAGGGUUGAUGUCGUUUAUGGGGAUGAAUCAUCGGGAUCCGCUGUGGAUUGUGAGAGCUGUGAAGGGAUGA